GCCCCUUCCUUUCGCCUUGCAUGCUUCCACCCUUCUCUGCAUUUCAUCCCUCCAGCAGAUCAUCGGGCGUACAAGACAUUCACUCUCCACCUUGAAAGUGUUAACAAUAUGAACAAAAUAAACCAUGACCAACUGCUCUCAUUGGAGCAUCCUUUUGUUAAGAUUCCGGUGGAAAAGCUCAGGUCCUCGCUCAGGACCUCGCAAAAGCACAUUGAGAAAGAGAUCGCCAACUUGACGGACAAGGUAUCGGAGAUAUCUAAAAAGUCGGUACAAGGCAGCAUGGAUUCCAAGCAAGUCGAGGUUGCCCUAGAGGCUAUUGUAAACCGCCUUAGUACUCUAAAGCGAAAACUCAAAGACACGCGCGCCGAUGAAGCCCUAUACUCGCAACGGACAAAAGUGCGAUUACAGCACCUCCAGGACUUCACGACGAUCGCGACCUUGGAUUCUGAUGACUUUUCAAGGUGGAGCAGGGUCCGACUGAACCGCAUUGUGAUUGACUAUAUGCUGCGAGAUGGUUUCAAAGAGACAGCAUCACUCUUGGCCAAGAGCGAGCAUAUCGAGGACUUGGUGGACAUAGAGCUGUUUGCACAGUCAGCCAAAGUCGAGCAGGCGUUAACGCGCCAGAGCUGCACAGAGUGCUUACAAUGGUGCAAGGAUAACAACUCUAGCCUUAAGAAGAUCAAAAGUACACUGGAAUUCAGUUUACGAGAGCAAGAGUUCAUCGAAUUGGCGAGGGAGCGGCGAUCUCAGGAAGCCAUUGCCUAUGCGAAGAAAUACCUCACUCCCUGGCAGGAAACACACAUCAAGGAAAUCAACCAUGUGAUGGCUCUCCUUGCCUUCCCGCCAGAGACAAAGUGUCAUCCUUACAAGCGACUGUACGACAAGUCGCGAUGGAACGAUCUGGUUGCCCAAUUUCGAUCCAACAAUUUUGCGCUUCAGUUUUUUACGCCUGAGCCGCUUCUGAAUGUUACUUUGCAGGCGGGCUUGUCUGCUCUGAAGACGCCGAUGUGCUAUCAACCGGAUAAUCGGAACUUUAACUGCCCGGUGUGCGAUCCAGAGACUCUAGGUGCACUUGCGGCGGAUCUCCCGCUGAGCCAUCAUUUUAAUUCCUCGAUUGUGUGCAGGAUCAGCGGUCAGAUAAUGAACGAAGACAAUUUACCCAUGGCGCUCCCCAACGGAUAUGUCUACUCUUAUAAUGCGCUGAGCGAGAUGGCGAGCCUCCACAAUGGCAAAAUUACAUGCCCACGAACAGGCGAAGUCUUUGAUAGCACGCAGAUGAAGAAGGUUUUUAUUUCCUGAAGCUUCUUUUUUUUUGCAAUACCUCAAUAAAAUGUAUAUUUCGCCUA